AUGUCGAUCUCGAAAGUCCUAGGGUUUCUGAUUCUCACCAGUCUACUAAUCGCUUCAGCGAUGGCUCAGUCUCCUUCUCCUUCUCCAGCUCCUUCCAUCAGCGGAGGAAGGCGGAUUAUCUCUCCUUCUCCGUCUAAAACACCGACUCCAGAAUCUUCCGUCGCGUCUCCUCCUUCGUUACAUCAAGCGGAUUCUCCUUCCAUCGAUUCCGCAGCAGUGACUCCGUCUUCCGUAUCAGAAUCGCCAUCACAAGCUCCUGCUCCAUCAGAGCAGAGCAGCGCCGUUUCCAAACAAUACACUGUUUUCGGUGGAUCUAUGGUUGUUAUUCUAUGCGCUGCCGUUUUGGCUUUGUAA